GUCUUGUUGACGACUCAUUGUCCAAUUUGUCCGUACAGUGUCUCCGUUCAGCCACUACGUACACCCCCCAAGUAACACCGCUGCUGCAGCUAGAUCUGAUCAAUGCCAAAGAAAUCGAAAGCAUCGAACAAUAUUGUCCAAUCAUUACCCAAGUCUGCAGUGCCAUCAGGUCUUGCAUUCCCAGACAUCUCGCAGAAAGAAGGUCUCGAAUGUCGUGUGCUGCUGGAAGACCAGAUCAUCCUUAUUGAUUUUCUUUCUGUUGAAGAAUGUAAACGCUUUGUGAAGUUUAUUGACAAUGUUCCUUUGGAGUUAACACCUCCCAAGAAGAAGGGAGAGGCUGAGAGGGUCAAUUUUCGUUUUUCUGUGGCCUCUGUCCCCUUUGCUCAGAAGUUACAUUCCCGCCUGUUGCAGCAUCUCCCAUCUUUUCCUCCUCCGACUGCAGCAAGGCGGCGCCCUCCCCUUGGCGAGAAGCGCUUGCCUCACUCCUGUAAUUCAAAUGUUCGCAUGUACAAAUACACGCCAUCCCAGUACUUUGGUCCCCACUAUGACGAUUCUGUCCGUGACCCAGAGACAGGAGCAAAAUCUGAAUGGACAGUACUUGUUUACCUAACUGGAAUCGAGGAUGGAGUUGAAGGUGGUGAAACACUAUUCUACAAGGAUGAGCGGGGGAAACCACGCGAAACCAUUGUAGCGCCUCUAACGCGUGGAACUGUUCUCCUCCAUCGCCAUGGAAAUGAAUGUCUACUCCACGAGGGUUCCCUGGUCCGCAAUGGCACUAAGUACAUUCUCCGCUCAGAUCUCAUGUUCAGGUGAUCGCCCGGGCCAUACUCUUCACUCUUGUACUUGCGAAUUUUGGUGACCAGGGCUUGGUCGGACUUGCAGCCCACUUUGUCAACUUUAGACUUUGCAUACGAUGAUCGAACUUUCGAGCAAUCCGAUCCUUGUCGCGAUUACCUUUGUCAAUCCC